AUGUCUCGUCACGGCGGCCAAUAUUCACGACCAAGCAAGGGUUUCCGAAGAGCCAGCCGAUACGAACGAAACUCAUACACAGAUCCAAGCUUCCCAACCCUAGCCGUCGAUCUUCCGGAGGGCAUCGAUGCAUUAUCGAGGCACCAGAUCAUCGAAUUCUUCGCCCUCCACAGCCCUGUAACCAAAGAUACCUGCCACAAGACGGCAGAGACCAUCACUGGGGGCCAAGUCUCUCCCACCCCUGUCCAGGGACAAACCAGCUAUACUGUAGCAGCCGAUGUUGUUCCCGGGAUAGUCGUUCAGUUCCGCCAGUCGGCUCUGGAUCUUGAGCUCAUCAACCUCGCACGACAAACCUAUGGCAGAUUCGUUCCUGGUUGCGAACAGCGUGGUGUGUUAGACCAUCUCUACGUUUACAAGAUGGGUCUUGUGUCGGGAGUUGCUCUAAGCCGAUUCCAACACCGACUUCUUGCCCCGCAAAUGAGACAGCAGCUCUUACAAACCGUCGAGGACCUGGCGAGAUUUUUUGCCUCAGCAUGGAUAAACAAGCCACUCUUGCGACACAAGCCGCAAGAUACCCAAGAGUUGUUCGAUCAUUACGAAUCAAUCCUGAACCGACUUUCGCAGAGCUUGCCCGAGCGAUUUCAACAGAAGCUGUGCGAGGUACGCCAGUCACUCCCGCUGCUCUUCCGUCCCGAUUAUGUCAUGACAGUCAACCAUGAUGAUCUCCUGGAGAUGAACAUCCACGUGGACGAGAAAACGGGCCGCAUCACCGGCAUCGUUGACUGGGCAGACGCCAAGAUUGCGCCGUUUGGUACGUCGCUGUGGGGCCUCGAAACGGUUCUGGGCAUCCAGACUUCUUCAUCAUGGCUGUUUCAUCCAGAUCACGUCUACUUCCGCAGCAGUUUUGGGAGACGUUUUACGGCGUCACCGGGCAUCUUUCCGAUACUGAUCGGCUGGCGAUCGAAGUCGGGAGGGUAUUUGGAUUAUUUCGUGUCUACGGCUUCAAUUGUGCCCCCGAGAGAGAGGGAGCUGAGCCUCUGA